CUGAUUCAAUACGUAAGUCUCGAGGUGUUCUAAGUAUACUGCUGUCGCAUUUGAAAGAAACUAAUAGACCCGUCCGGUUUCGAAAACAAAAUGGGAGAAGAUAUAAAAGAACGCUUAAAAAGAGGACUGACGUCAAGUCCAAAGUAUAUCCCUCUUUGGUAUGCCUACGACGAGACUGGAUCGAAACUUCACGAUUCAGGUUCUUCCGAGAUCCCAGACUACUAUAUGAAUUGGAGCACGAUUGAUAUUUUACGGAACAAUGUACAAGAUAUCACAAGGCUGCCUUACAAACCUACCUUGAUUGAGAUGGGGAGCGGAAACUGUGCUAAUUCGAGGCUUAUCAUUGACGAACUAAUGAAAAAACAACAAAACCUUGUGUUUUAUCCCGUGGAUAUUUCUAAAGAAUUUCUUUUCAAGACAGCAGAGGAAUUAUCAAGGGAAUACAACAAUGCACUAGUGGUUAAACCAAUAGCUGCAGACUACGAGCGAGGAGUACAGCAACUAAAGCAAUUGAAAGGUUCCAAAUUGUUACUGUUCUUCAACAGUCUCCAAAAUAUGCCGUAUGAUGACCAGGUGAACACCAUUAGACUAUUUUCCACCUUAAUGACAGACAAAUGCCGACUUGUUUUCAGCGCCGAUAUCACACAAAACAGAGAAUCUGUCUUAAAAGCAUACAACGAUGACGCCGGUCUGGCAACGAAGUUACAUGAGAACAUUAUAAUGCGGCUGAACAGAGACGAAGGUAGUGAGAUAGAUCUUAGUAUGUUCAAGCAUGAAGUCGAGUUUAUAUCGGACACCAGACCGCACAAAACAAGCUACAUUUCAGUCACCCUUCUGGCUAAGGAGUCUGUCCAUUACCCAAUACCUGGACUUGGCAUCGGUUUGAAGAUGGAUAAAGGAGAGCGGAUCAGGUUACACGAAGGCGUUGAGGGCAGCUGUAAAUACACAAUGGAACAGCUACAAAACAUUGUGGAGAAAGCUGGACUACGUGUGGAGGAAACCUGGACGGACGAACAGAAACAUGCUGCUAUAUGUCGGUGUAAAAUUGCAUAAACAAUAUCGCCUUUUAACGACCUCGACGAUUGAACAGGAACACACCUCUGCUGUUUGUUAUCGACUAUAUACGAACUCUGCCUUCAAAUACGAAGUACUUAAUAAAGAUUCAGUUA